UCCUGUGAUUGAAUAUAACUUCCUGACUGACCCUCACAUAAACGGGCGUGCGACAUUUAAAUGGGACAUACGUAGUGACACACAGACGAACUUAAAUACUAUGGUAUGAGUAAUGGAGCAGUUUCUAAAAGCAAGUAACAAAACAAGUCAACUUUUGGCGGGAAAAGUUGCCGCAGACGGUACUUUAAAGGACGAUGAUGUGCGCAAUGACCUAUGUUCUCAGUAUAAGUUGACCACGUUGUUGGCCAUAAGUGGAUACACAAUGGAGGCCCAUAUCCUUCUUGACAGGAUUAAGAAGAACUUUAUGCAGGCAAAUGGCGAUUUUAUUUCGUACCCUGAGAAAAAUGAGAGAGGAAGAAAAAGUUCAUCAUUCCCCAUGACACACUACUGGUCGUAUAUGAAUGCAUGGAUAGCAAUGGGCGCCCAGAGAUUAGGAAGAUUCGAUAUAUCGUUUCCAGCUUUCGAAUUCUGCAAGACUUUUUUUAACCCAGAUUACAAUCUAGUCUGUGUCACAGAGGCGUUUGUUGAAGUAAAUGAUGAAUCAACUAUGGACACACUGUCUACUGCUCACUUUGGACUUCUUUCCCUCUACAUUGGCGAUUUGGAAAGAGCAAAGUUAUGCGGAGAAGGCCUACUCAAUCUAAUGGCUGCGCAACCAAACCUUGAAAACGAACUUCUUUUACGAAUGUCAGUAAAGACCGGUGAUCUUAUUGCAAACCCUCCAGAAAAUAUGGAACCUUUCUAUGUCAUAAAAAGGGAUUCACCAAAUCAGUUAUAUUUUUUCCUUGGUUAUCAUGGAAUUUUUAUGACAAAACUGUACCAAGUUACAAAAGAUCAGCGAUUUCUAGAUAGUGCAAAGGCGAUGCUUAACUUUGCUUUAGUUUGCCACGAGAGUAUAUAUACAUUCAGUUUCAGCCACAAGGUGGCGUACGCUUCAGCUCUUCUGGCAGCGGAGACGAAGGAGGAAAAGUAUCGUACGUUAACUUUAAAGAUUGGAGAGUAUUUAAUCUCUAUGCAAAGUGAGGACGGAUAUUUCUGUAAAUAUAUGGAGCCAAUUGAUAAGUAUGAUCAAUCAACAGAAAUAGCUAUUUGGUUACGAGAAAUUAAGAAUGAAAUGCAGAAAAACUAACCGUGACCUUUCCCUAUUACGACAUUUUUUAUCUCCUUGAAACUAGCGUUUUAACUACAAGUGUCAAUUGAUUUGUAAUCGUUUUUGAUGACAUAAUUCAAAAUUGUUGAGGACUUGUUUUAUACAGACAAUAUUACAUAUACGACUUGUAUACAGAAAGGAUGAUAAUAAUUCCGUUAGUAUGUGGACAUGUCAUAUAUAUUCUUGGUGAUGUGUUCUGUGUAAUUUAUGUAUGUCAUAAUCACUAUCUGUAAUAAUCACAAGGGAAAAAUAAACAAUUUAUCAACAAAUAAAGAAAUAUUUUUUAACAUUUUUGUCUGGGGUUUAAUUCACACUGAUCACUAAUGAUCAAAUGACGACUUCCCAGGAAGACCUAAUAUGCCACUCUGUGCACUAUUGUAGGCACGAGCGAUCAACAGAGAGGAACCAUCGACCUUCCGUCUUUUUGCUGCAACAUGAGAUUGUCCAAUGGGCAGAUCUUAUUCGAAUGUCUCUUUAGUUUGGCAUUGUGUUUACCUACCGGCCCGUAUCGUCUUUAUAAUUUAGUGGAAAGAUAUUUCAGUAUAUCUCAUCAAAGCAUAAACCAGGGUCUUUCAAAUAGAAUGGUCUGGAGUCGGACCAAUUUUAUGAAAAAAAGAUGUCUCGGUUGAAUCACGUGAUUAGGUUAAACUUACUUACCGACCGUCACCUGGCAUAGUACAUCACCAUUCAAAAAUCAAAUUAGAAGAUAAUGUUUUGUUAAAUUGAUCAAAAAAUACUUAGAACUUAUGCUUGCUACAUUACAUUAUCAGUUUUUACUUUAAGAUUUUCUAUUUGAAAGACCCUGCAUAAAGUAAGUAACUGAUGUUUCAUUUAUGAUAUUUUUGUUCAUUAUUUUGUAGGAAAGUUAUGUUUUAUUUUCUUUCCCAUUUCUCUUUUAUGCAGUCUUCAAACUCGUAUUUGCUUGGGCAGGAGACACAAUAUCAUUUGUCAAUUUAUUGCCAAGGUAUUUCUUGCUCCACUGGUUUCCGAACAAUUCUCAUAAUUCAGGCUUUGAAAAUUUUUGUUUGAGUUCAAACUAUGGUUGUUCUUUCUGUAUACAUAAAAGAAAGAAAAAGUCCUACAUAUUGUUAAUCCACCAUGUUAUUUUACCGAUCGACCAUUUCUUCAAAAUAUUCGUCUUUACUUUAAAGUGAAUUUGACCAUAAUGGAAGAUUUGUAACAUCAUAAAACCACGAAAGAAUUAUGUAUGGAUGUUGUUUAUGUGUGAUACAUGGUCCGAUAUUACAUAUCUUUAUAUAGCAGAUAAUAAAUUGUU